UCAAGUUUUUUUAAGUUUGUCAUUUAAUAUUUGGUUCGUGGACGUAUAACGAGAAUGAAAUAAAAAUGGAAUUUGAACAGGCUGAAUUAAUGGAUUUGAGUGAAUAUGCCAAAAGUGUUAGUUCAAUUUGGGAUGUUAUUGAUGCCCCCGCAUCAUUAGUCAAUAGCCGUUCUCGCAUUAAAUUCCAACUUAGAAUUCGUCGAAAAACUUUGUUUUACACCGUUGUUUUAAUAAUACCAACAGUAUUAAUGGCUUUUCUAUCCAUGGCUGUUUUCCUAUUGCCAACAGAUUCUGGUGAAAAAAUGACUUUAACAAUUUCUGUUCUGUUAUCUAUCGUUGUAUUUCUUUUGUUGGUUUCUAAAAUUAUGCCUCCAACUUCAUCUACCAUUCCUCUUGUCGCCAAGUAUUUGUUGCUGACUUUUACAUUAAACAUCACAACAAUAACGGUAAUAUAA